GGUUCCCCUUGAAGGUUUGGCCGAUGGGUUGUGUUGGGCUAGGCGAACGUUCUGAAUCGCGCGUUAGUAAUGGAGUGGUUUUUGUUUCCCCGCACUGGAAAGGCUUAGCCCAGUACGAGGCUGUGCAGACGUUUAGAGAUAACGAACACACCGCGUGUUGAGAGAAUGCUCUGGCUGAUUUGAAUUCAUUCAGCAUACACUUCUUUGCGGCGUGUUUGCCGUCAGUAACAGACUAGGCCCAGAAGGAAAAACAACGAUAGCACAGACAAGAUAAAGCUACGAAGGCACUGUUGAGAAGGCUAAUUAUAAUUUCUGACGUAGGGUCUGACGGCUGUUUUAUACAGAUCUAUGAUCGGAUGUUGAACCUUGAGCUGUAAUCAAGAUGGAAGCUGGAUGUGAAACAGACACAGCUCCAACAGCAGUGUGUGAAACAGCUCCACACACAGUAGCGGAAACAGCUGACACUGGCACCGGUCAGACAAAUAUGGAGACAGACGGUUCUGGGGAUGCAACACAGGAAGGUUCUAGAGAUACUGGCCCUAGCACCAGCAACAUAUUAGAUGUUAAUUGUACUGCCAAGGGAAAUAAUACAUCUGAAGCUGGAAUCUUGGUAAAGCCAAAAGAUAAUACAAAUGUUAAGGGAAAAGUUACUUCCCUUGAAAACAAGGAAGAUAAUUUUACAGACAGUAAAAGUAAACCUGUUUCAUCAGGUUCAUCUGCUGGACAGCCUCUCAUUCCAAAAUCAGAUACAGAAAAAAAUUGUGAUAAAACAGAAGUUGCAGGUACAUCUGUCACCAUGGCAACAGAUGACAAAAAUGUAAACAAAACCCUUGUCAGUAACGGAGGCAGUAAGCAACCAGCAGACGCCAAAACUGGCCAGGACAAUGCCACUGACAACGGCCCUGAGAAACAGGUCAGGUACAAGUGCCCCAAGUGCUUGCGGGUGAUGAAGGAUAAAAGACUCAUCGACAACCAUUCCUGUGAUAGCGAGGUGGAGGAGGAGAAGGUUAAAAUCACCAUCAUGAUGGAUAAGGAUAAAAAAUGUCUGGUGUGUAAAGAGUGUGAUUUCUCCAGUACUGGGCACGGGUUUGAGGAGCACCUAAUGUGCCAUUUAAUGAUUCGGCCGUAUCAAUGCCUCUACUGCAAGGAGUGUUUUAUAAAUAGAAAAGAGAUAAGCCGACAUGUUCACAAGUCACAUAACGGAGCUAAGAUGAGCUGUGCACUCCGAGCUUUGAGAAAAGCUAAAGCUCUGAUCAAAGAGGUGACCACGGCCGGGAUUAUAAGCUUCAUGGCUAAAGUAGCCGGUAAAGUUCCUUUAGAGAAAGACCCGGAUAAAAAAAGAAAACCGGAUGGUGUUUUGAGCAGUGAGGCAGGUGGAUCUGUUGAAGAGCCGGCAAAAGCUACAGUUGAGGAGAAGUCGGAGAGUGUGGAUAAAGUGGAUGAAUCCAGUGCAGGUAAACCAGAGGUGGCAGGUAAACCAGAGGCGGGUGUAAAGGUGAAUGAGGUUGAGGCUAUAGAGAAGCAGCCUAAAACUCAGGGUUUUUCCAAGCUCAGGCAGGUGUUAACUGCUGAGCCAGAUGUUACUGUUAUUAAAAAUCAGGGAGAUGCAUCUAAGGAUACAAAGGCAAGCGUAGAUGAUUCAGGUUUGAAGAUUGUGGCAUCAUAUUCUUUGAAUGAAGUCCCUGCAACAGACAAAGCAGAGAAUAACGAGAGUGUGGAACCAAAUUUUUUCAUAGAGCCUUCUAAAGAGGCUGAGAAAGAGCCGGAGGUGUUGUCAUUCCUGGGCCCUGAGCAGCCUCUGUACAAAUCAGAUCCCAGCACCUCCACCCUGAUGCUUCCCCCGCCCCCCUUGCUCCCAGCUCCAUCCCACUCCGGCUCCCAGCUCUGCUCACAGCAGCCGCAAGCUGCAAAUCUCCAGGCUAAAAAUUCUAAUUUUUUCAUCUGCGGAUUCAACUGUUUGUUCACCAGCAUGAUCACCACUGACUUUAAAGAACACACUGUUAAUUUUCAUUCAUCGGAGGCUUAUUUCCCUUGUUAUUAUUGCGGCCAUCGAAGCCCUAAUGAAAACGAUCUGGUCCGGCACAUCUCUAAUCACACCCACACCCACAAUAAGACAUCCCCUUUGUAUGUCUGUGGCAACGACAGCUGCAGAUUUGGCACCAACAUGUUGACAGACUACAUUAACCACAUUAAGGUAGCCCACUCUGAAAUUUUAGAACCCCUGUGCUAUUCAUGUGGUGAGAUAUUCCCUGAUUUGAACAUGCUUCAAACCCACGUGGAGGAGAAUGUCAUUCACAGUAUCAACUGCCCACAUUGUCCAUCCAAAGCUACAGAAAGGAAAGCCAUUUUAAAUCACAUCUCCACUGUCCAUCCUGGUAAGGCCAAAAUGGUUUCAGUUGCCAAACAGUUAAUUUGUAAUGAUCGCAAAGUCAACAAUUAUGAACAGAUGAAACAUCUGAGGGAGAUGCUUCCACCUACUUUAACCCCAGCACCGGUGUUCACAUCUGACGGUUCUGCUCAUACUUCUGUGGUUGACCAGAUCCUCAGCAGACAUGAGCAGGGCAGUGACUACAAGUCCUCCAGCUUGGCUGAGAUCUUGGUCUCCACCACCAGUCCUAGAGGCACCCCAUCCCCCACCUCAAAGAAAAGAGCAAGAACGCCAGAAAGUGGACACAGUCCAAACUCAGAAGGUUCUGACUUUGGAUCUAUCAGGGUGAAAGAUGAAAUUGAUGAUGAUGUUGAUGAUGAGAUGGAAGGUUCCGGAGGUACAGACGAGGCAACUACAGCUUAUACUAUAGAUGAGAAUGGAAUACGGAGGAGGAUAUAUGUACCGAUGAGUGAAAGACAGGCAGAGAACUACAGAUGCAGAUACUGUACGUUUAUUGCUAGAGAUCUGAAAAGGUUGAACUGUCAUGAAAGAUCUCACGGUAUGCCGCCAACGAGGAAGGAGAGGUUCAAAUGUAUGUUUUGUCCACAAGGGUUUGACAGUGAGAUGAAGUUCAGGCUGCACAUCACAUGCCACCCUGGGCUGAUCAAAUUCCUGCUGUACCGGUGCAAGAAGUGCGAGUUUGACACCAACCAGAAGCACACCAUUGUCAAGCACAUCACCUGCAACAGAGACCGCAAACACAGGGGGUUCGGACCUGUGGAGGAUCAGUACACUGUUGUGUCAAGGUCGCUGGAAUCUCGAGUGCUGGAGUGCGAAAGAUGCAGCUACAUGACCAGGCAUAAGAUUCACAUGGCUAUCCAUUACCAGAGGAAACACAAUAUCCUCCGAGACAAGGGAGAGUUCACCAUCGAGGGCCUCACCCCUACAGACACACCUCUUUCAUCCUACAGCACCUCACCUAAAGACCCUUCAGCCUCCCCAACAUCCAGUGUCAACCUCCAGUCACCCGAUGGAUACGGGAACUCAUCCGACGGAGUGUUUGACUUCACCAAACCUUCCGGCAGUGCCAAAAAAGCCAAGGAACGCUCCACACCUGAAUCCCCUCACUUGACUGUAUCACAAAUCAGUGAAAGGAAUGAACUCUUUAAUAAAAUGGUGUCCCAGCAAGCCGCACUACAACCUGGUCAGGUUCUGGAAAACCAAAUGCGCAAGUUCAAAUGCCCCAUCUGCAAGUAUCUACUCCCAAAGGCGGCUGACCUGAAGAACCACGUGAAGAGACAUUCAGAGAUUGGUCAGAUCACGCUGAUCAUGUUCAGGUGCAAGUACUGCAGCUGCAUGUCCACAGCUAGGGAACUGCUGUAUGACCACUUGAAUGAGAAACACCCUGGCAAACCUAUAGCUCUUGUGAAGAAGAUUGUUGCCAUAGACACAACUGAAGUGGAUAAAUCAUUUGCUGAGACUUCUAUUGUGGAGUCUCUAGACCAGCUGGAGGAAUCCCUUCAUAAGGAGAUCAUGACCAGUCUGAAAAAUCCAGCCUCUUCCCCGUCUAAAUCCAAGACGUCAUCAUACGAGCAGCUGUUUGUUAUACCCGAGGGUGGGGAAGUGUUUAAUGCCCCACUCCAGUGCCCCAAAUGUCAGUUCAGCUCCUAUAAAAAAACUGACAUCGUACAGCAUGUCAACUCUCUUCAUCCUGAGGUGAAAGUAAUCAGCAGUGACGAGGAUGUUGACAAGCUUGCAAGAGCUACGUCUGAGGACCUGAAAAAAGAAACAGAGGAUGCAGCUGGGAGCAAAGCUCACAAGAACUCUGUGACUAGCCAGGAGGAGGUGUUGAUUGUUCCAGACGACCAGGUGUUCAAAGAGCCGGCGCUGUGCUCCAGGUGUGAGUUCUCUACGAUGCUGAGGAGGGACAUGGUGCUCCAUCUUCAGCAGAACCACCCUGACAUCUCCGUCAUGGGCAGGAACUCCUACCCCGUCCAGGUAGCCACGAUGGGACGGAAGAUUGGAGUAAUAGACGAGAGUUGUGUCGUUGGAAGUGGAAGUCUUGAUGCUAAAAUCAGGUGCCUGUACGAGAACUACGGAACUCAGAUGAAAUGUUUGAUCUGUGGAACUGAGAGGCCGAAGAAAUUUUUUAUCCAUGUCCACAUUCUCCGGCAUCUUAACAUUUAUCUCUGGAAAUGUGCCUUCUGUUCUCAUCGAGGUCUUCAGAAAUACAAAAUGGUGGAUCACAUUAAAAAAAUACACCCUGGGAAAGCUAUGAGUGUGCGUUAUAUUCGAGUCAAUGUUGAGAACAAAGUGGCCCAGUUUUUGGCUCAGUUCAACAUCAUAAAGAACCGUAAAGCGACUCUGGAUGAAGGCGGAGACUUGCCGUACACGUCUCCGUCGUACGAGGACUCCAUGGAUCAAGCCAGCAGUGACAGCAACAUGUCCAGGCAGAAGUCGCCAGUGCCGGGCGGGAGCUCCAACAACACCCUGGGCAGCGAGGAGCUGGACGAGAAGCUGCGCUGCCUGUACGACUUCAGCGACGGGGUCUUCUACAAGUGCAUUGCUUGCUCCAACCAGUUCCAGCGCAAGUUUGCUGUCCACCGGCACAUUAUCAUCACUCACCUCAAGGUUGCUCUUCUGUCAUGUGCCUAUUGUGGCAUGGAAGGUGUUGAGAAGCACCAGAUGGUGGACCACAUCCUGGCCUGCCACAAGAACUCUCCUGUCAGCAUACAGACAUUACAUGUGGACCUGGGCCAGAAAAUUUCAGAGUUCCUCACUAAACUGGCUUCAGGAGAGUUGACUGCUAUUGAUGACCUGGACCAAACUGAAAUCAAUGAGAUCAUGCAUGGGUUGUCUUCCCCCACUGAGUCCACAGAGUUUGAGGAUAACUUGUACACCAACACAUUUAAGCCAGUGGCUCUCAAGAAGAAGGGCAAGAUCCUGGCCAGCAAGCUCUCCAAACUUAAAACCAGCAACAAGACGGUGCUGAACGUGGUCAGGAAAUACAACUCUGUUGAUCCUCAAGUGAUAAUGCUUGGCCGCGAGGCCCUGGAUGUUGAACUGAACUGUUUGUACCAGCAGCGUACGACCGGCCAGUACAGUUGUCUGGUCUGUCGCUGGGAGUUCCCCAGGAAAUACCCCCUGCACCGGCAUAUCAUGUUGAAACACCUGAAGCUGAAUUUAGUUGGUUGUCCGUAUUGUCCAUUUGAAGGUGUUGAGAAAUACAAUGUGUCGUCGCAUAUUAAAGACGAACAUAGAGAUAUGCCGAUAAAUAUCAAGUACUCACAACCAGAUGUACGGAAACGGGUGAGGGAGUUUGUUACAGACAUGGCCAGCUUAGGGGGACAGAACCCAAUACGAGAUGUUUCAUCUAGAGAAGGUUCUCCGCUUCUUGUACCUAAAGUUGAGAAAGAUGAGGAGGAAGAUGAAGAACAGGAUGAAGAUGCACAACCUAAAGUAAAAAGCAAUGGUUCUCAUGGAGGGUUAGUGGUUGCCAUGUUUGGCAAGAAGAAGAAAAGCAGUCCGCCUACGCCAUCUGACGACGUUGUGGUCAAAACUGAAAUAGAUGACGGUGAAAACGGGAACGACGGCAGUGAGGUUGCUGCGGGGGAGGGGGAGGAACAGUAUGAUGAAGAGGAUGAAGACGUUAAUAACUUUGCUGAUGAGGACUACAACGAGGAGGAUGACCCGGGUGCUGACCCAAGCAACUACCACCCAGAGAAACCCACGAAAAAUUUCCCUCCAAUCAAAAGGAAAUUUAAAGAUUCCUACGCCCCUGGGUCAUACCGCUCUCCAGCUGGUGGAAAACCUAAAGCCUUAGAUGUCAUUACUAAAAUAAAAGUCCUCAAAGCUAAAGAAGGACCUAUUACAAAAUUCUACUGUGAAAAGUGCAAAUUUACAUCUUUACAUCGCUCUAAUAUAGUACGACAUAUUUAUAAAAUCCACGAGAAGUAUCAGACCCACACAUGCCCGGUGUGCAACUACCAAACCCUCAGCUUGAUGCUGAUGCAGAAGCACGUGGAGAAAGAACACCCGGGUGUGAGUUAUAAAGAAGAUGCCUUCUCCCUCAACCCACCACGCUCUAAACCCAGAAGCAAACCUCUUAUGGGACCCCUAAGCUUUCAAAGAAAACGUCAGAUACUCAUUAGCAAAAAGCUGGCCUCGAACCCACCAGUGAGUGCUCCACCUACCAACCAAGGACCUAAACAGUACGCUUGCGCGUAUUGCCAUUAUGAAACAAACACACAGGAGGAUAUUCUACAACACACUAGAGAAAACCAUUCCCAGACUGACGAGAACCAUACAGAGAAAAAGUUGCCCAAAACAUCAACACAGGCUGCUGUUAAACCAUCUGAAGAUGGCUCAGCUUGCUGGGACGGCAGCAAGAAGGCAGUGAAAAGAAAAAUUAAAGAGGACCCAGAAGGGGGCGUGUUUAAACGUAGAAAGAGAUUCGUCUUUGAGAAAGGGGAUGAGCUGUUCCAGUGUGAGCACUGUGACACGCGCGAGACCUCCAUCAGCCGCAUGGAGGACCACACCAAAUGGGACCACCCUGGGAUGCCGUACAAGGCCAAGCGUAUUCCAGCAUGGCGGUUUGUUUGCAGGUCGUGCGCGGUUAAAACCAUGGCAACCUCAAAGAUGAAAUACCACUUGAAUCGCCAUGUCAACUAUCGCCCAUACACUUGUACCAAUUGCGGAGCCUUUUUCCCAUCUCCUGAUCAGUGUCGCAGACACUCAAGAUCACAAGGUCAUGAGGAACAGUACACCUAUGUUAGAAAUGUGAAGAAAGAAAACAAAGUGGAAGAACUACUUGAGGCAACAAGGCAGCUUGCCCUGAAGGUCCAAGAAGAGGCCUCCAGAGAUCCAGACUUCCACAUCUCCAACACAGACGCCUUCAUCUCCAAGUUUCAAGACUCCAGCUCAAACCUCAAGAGGAGUGCACCCACGGGGAGCAAGAGUGCCAAAAAGUUAAAAACACAAACGCACAGUGAAGAUUCAAUGGCAGAUGAGGAUGGAUUGCACCCUAAGAAACAACAUGGCAAGUCUCUUCAGACAGUUGGCAUAGAACUAGAUGUGACAGUCAAGUGUUACUACUGUGACUUCACAGCCAGCAAUGUCCAUGAGGUCAAGCAGCAUCACAGUGUCACACACUCAGAGGAGAAGUUCCUCUGGACCGAGCUGGAUCGAGGCUUCACCUGCGACAGCACAGGUGAAGCCCUACCUGACUGUGAAUCUGUCCCUAGCUCCUCCCUAGAUGUUGGUUACACAACUAGAAUGACACUAGGCUCAGGAAACAGUCCAAUGAGGUUCAAAUGCAAAACAUGUGACUUUUCCUCCUGUGUUAUACAAGCAAUGAAAUCACAUCUGAAAUCUCACCAGCCUAAAGGAUUUAUCUGCCCCUAUUGUAGUAGAUCUUUUUCUGGGAAAGAAAAACUGAUGCGCCACCAAUACUGCUUACACAAAGGACAGCAACUGUGGGUGAUCCAUCUGAGGAGAUGUGGAGUUACUGGCUCUACAAAUACUACCAAAGGGAAAGCAACUGGUGCAGUUACUAAAGCUAUAGUUCCAGAAGAAAUAGAUAAGCCAAUUGUUACAGAGAUGGGACUCAAAGAGCUCUCCAGCAAUGAGAAAGCUGCCAAACGAAAGAACCAGACCCCCCUCACAUACCUGUGCAACGAGUGUCCCUACACCUCUGAGAGUUUGUACUACUAUAGGCUACACGUAGCCCAGCAACACGAGGCGUACACGUACACAUUCCACGAUGCAUCCAUCAGCACCCCACUUCAGUGCAUCCACUGCUCUUUCCGUGCUGAAACUGAGGCUGAAUUUAACUCCCACAUGGAAGAGCACGACAAUUCCAAAAAUUUCAAAUGUGGGUACUGUGACUUUGUGUCUGUUGAUAAGGUACCUGUUCAACAACAUUUAACCUCCAAGCAUCCUAAAUUGAAAUGUAAGAUCACAGAUCUAGACUACCAGUCCCAGCUUGGGAAUAAACUAUUUAGAGGCCAAGAAAGGAGGGAAUUGCCAUUGUUGUUAAAUAUAUCUCCGCAAGUGGCAUUGAUCAGAAUUCCUGAUGAAAUUAUGAAUGCUUAUUGUAGUUUUGAUGAGAUGGAAUAUGCCGUAGGGGAAGAGGAAGAUGAAGAAGAAAUGUCUGAUGAAGAUGAAAGUAAUUCCAGGACUGCUUCUUCUAUGCUUGGUGUUGAUCCUGAGGAUGGUGCAUUACUUUUUGCUGGAGAAGAUUCUCACGAGAUGGAUGACAGCAGUCUGCAUGAUGAUGAUGAUGAUGUCUCGUCUGACAAGGAUAUAGAUGAUAUGGAGGAGGAUAGAAGCAGUACAGAUCUAAACAUGCUGCAUGUUAAUGAAUCAAGUGUUGGGUCUAGGGACCAGGAGUCGUUAGGCUCUGAGAUGAUGAUCAUGCAGUUCGGAGGUGUUAAUUCUGAGAAUUGUGAUCUGAGCGUGCAGAAUAGCGGGGCAUCACUUGUGCGCAGCAAGGAUUCGACGCUUUUGUCUGCCCAGCAGGAUGAUGAUCAAGUCUAUGAUAAAGACCAGGAUGAGGCAGUUUCCGAGGAGGAUGAAGAGGAAGAUGAUGAUGAUGAUGUCGAUGAGGUCAGCUUUGAAAAUGACAUCACGCUUGCGUCGCCGCUGCCGAUGAUAUCACUGGGUGAUGGUGUGGGCAUGUCACCUAACAACCUCGGUGAAGACGAUGAAAACAGUACGUCUUCACAUGCCAACUCUAACUCUGAGAUGUUACUGGAUGUGUAAGGCCAUUAUGGCUAAUCCAUAAAUACAUAAGGGGCCAACUUGUAAUUGAAUGUAACAAUAAUUUAAAAUAUUGUAGAAAAAAACCUGUCGAUAUUAUGGAGUAUUUGUAUGUUCAAAAAAUUAAUUGAAUUUAAAUUUAGAAAGUACCAAUGCAUUUGUGAUUGAAGUAAAGCUAAAGAUGUAUUGCAAAAAACAUGUAACUUAGGUCCAAUGUACAGAAAGUAAAAGAACAAAAUUUAAAACAAUUGUAAAAUAGGUGCCCAUAUGCUUGUAAGUAGCUGUUAAAUUAUUCCUGUUUCUCAAUAACAAUGUUAUUCUUUUUUAGACUUGUUGGUUAUUAGACAUUUAUGUGGAAAAUAUAGAUUUCAGUUGUUUGAGGUUUUAUUGUAUUUCAUAUACCAUUCCUUUAUAUGAAUAAAUAUGCAUUACUAUUUAAUAAAUUUUUAUAUAAAUAAAAUGUACUUUUUUCAAGCUGGUACAAAUACUCAGGAUUAUCUGCCCCUGGAAUCAUGUAUUUAAUAAUUUAUUUGUUGAAUGUGAACAAUUAUUUGUCAAUAAUAGUGCAUUUGUUUAAAAAUGUUGCAAUGGUUUACUUUAAAAAAUAAUUGAUGAA